AAUACUUUCACAGUACAGAGAUAUUUUACUGCAUUUCUUGACACGAUCUUUGGUUUUUCAUCGCGUUUUGGCCUUUUUUCUGUACGGAGUUCUUUCCAAGGAGGCGUUUCAGUUGUUUUAAACAUGGAAAACUAUGAAAAGAUCAAAAGCAUAGGCCGUGGAGCUUAUGGAACCGUUUACCUUUGUAGAAGAAAAUGUGAUGGUCGUCAUGUCAUCAUCAAGGACAUUCCGGUCGAACAAAUGAGUGGAGAAGAAAGGAGGGCCGCUUUAAAUGAAGUUCAUGUUCUGCAGAUGCUAAAACAUCCCAAUAUAAUCGCUUAUUUCGACAGUUUCUUCGGAGAAACUUCUUUUAUGAUCGCAAUGGAAUAUGCCCAAGGUGGAACUUUGCAUAAUCUUAUCGAGGAACGAGAAGGCAAACUUUUGGACGAAGAAGAGAUUAUUCGACUGUUUGUGCAGAUUUUGGUAGCAAUUUAUCAUGUCCACAAACAAAAAAUCCUUCACAGGGAUCUUAAAACACAGAAUAUCCUACUGAACAAAACACGGAAGGUUGUGAAGAUAGGCGAUUUCGGCAUUUCAAAAGUGUUGAGCAGCAAGAGUAAGGCUCACUCUGUCAUCGGCACUCCAUGUUACAUUUCGCCUGAGCUGUGCGAGGGCAAGCCGUAUAAUCAGAAAAGUGACAUCUGGGCUCUUGGCUGUGUGCUUUAUGAACUAGCAACACUAAAAAGAGCUUUUGAAGCCUCUAAUCUGCCUGCUCUUGUGCUGAAAAUCAUGAAAGGAAACUUCAAUCCCAUAUCUGAAAGAUACAGUGAGGACAUGAAGAAUCUUGUUCUAAGCAUGUUACAAGUUGAUCCUGCCAAGAGACCGACCCUUCCACAGAUCAUGGCACAGCCUCUGGUAGUAAACGCACUGUUCAAUAUGGGCACUGACAUUGGGCGAGUGCCAUGUAACAGAACUCCAAGACCUGUUGCAGGGAUAUCUGGUAAUGCUACCAUUAUUGUAUUGUACAUGUGUUUUCUAAGAUACUAUAAGAUGACUGGUUCAGUGAAAUGCUGCUUUCUGAUUGACUACCUGAAUGGGCCAGAUGGGCCUAACUUGCUUGCUCCAGGUUCCCGCUUUAUCCUGCAAGAACAGGUUUUGUUUGGGCCAUAUACUGUAAUAAUUUCUUUAUUGACCAAGCGUGUUCAGUCAAGAUGGCUGGCAUACUGGCCUCGUUCCAUUUAUGUAACUUUUUUUUAAUGACCCCAACUUCCUCUUGGUUCAUAAAAAUACAAUAAAAGAACACCAGGGAUCCAUAUUUGCAGUCGUCCGGUCGACGUCCGACUACAGUCUUGCAUGGACGAUUAAGAUAACUUCAUAAGUCAUCCUUUGGACUAGUGAGUUUUGUUCAGCCAGAAAGUCUUAUGAAAAUUCUUAGAUGAUUUCAUCAGUUAUUCACUCGUAGUUUGUUUUCCUUUAGUCCCUCAAUAAGUUGUGGGGUACAAUGUUGGUAACAGUCUGAUUUAAUGCCACUGAAUCAUAGUCAACAGUUACUGUUGACUAUGAUUCAGUGGCGUUCGUUCUAAGUCAGUAAAUCAAUUCUCUAAAGUGUGUCUUUGAAAGUGGUAGUCUGUAGAAAAUAUUAAAAAUCAAUAAAAUUUAACCCUGGCAUUCUAAUGCCCUGUAUAUUUGAUUAUUAUAUGUAAGCAUAAAAAGGGUAAUGAGAAUUUUGGUUUUGGUCACUGUCUGAGUUUAUACAGUGUAUAUAAAUAUUCUUUGUAUUGUUGGCUGUUAUAAGUAAAUAAAACUGUCUUAACAUGUCGAUUACUGUAUCACUUUGCUUUCAAAGCUGCCAUUCCUCCUACUCGUGCUAGAUCUUCAAGUACCAACCGGCCUACAGGUACCCAAAUCUAUCGCACAAGUUCUUCAAAGUCAGCAUCUCUUUCCCUGGAUGGCCUUUCUGAUAUGGAUGCAUAUUCCUCUAAGCCACUUGAGCCCAGGUAUUUAGUGUACCACUGGGGUGGCGGUAUCACCACACCCACUAAGCUACAACUUCCGCAACAUGACUCUGACGUAGUGCAGGUCGCAUCUGGAAGAACAAUGAAGACUGGGGUGACAGGUGGUGGCCGUGCAAUCAUCUGGGAUUCAAACAAGAAAGCAAUGGAUGUGUCGUCAGACGUUACUGCAGACAGAGAGAAGUUGCUGGAGGAUCUUUGGCUACCAAAGUUUCUUGAGGGGCAGUCUGGGGUGACAAUUGUCCAGGUGUCCUGUGGGGAUACGUUUGCAGCUUGUUUGACAGGUGCUUUGUGUAUUAUAAUUACACUGCUUUCCAUCAUGAAUGCCAGCACUUACUUUCAAAUUGAAACUCCAAGUCUUGGAUUAUUACAAAAAAUGCACACAUUAAUGAAUAUGUUUCUGGGAAACUGCCCACCCACCCUUCCUUUAAGCCAACAUUUUGCUCAAAGUGAGAAGUCCAUCUAUAAGUGUGAAUGUUGACUUAAGGGAGGGGUAUGUGGGCAGUUUCCCUGAAACAUAUAAAUAUCCACUUUUUUUUUACACUGGGCAAAUGACCCUAAGGCUAAGGUCUUUGUUCAGUCUAGAAAUACAUGUAAGAAAUAACCGGUCUAAACACGGAUCAAAACGAACUUGAAUUCAAGCUUUUCCUUUGGACAUUAACAAGCAGUUAUCACAUUCUUCUUGCCUGUAGCCAUUGCUUAGUAGUUGUAGGGGACAAGGUGACUUGCAUUGACCCUUCAGCAGCGGAUCCAGGAGAAGGGCGUGGGAGGCCCUUGCCCUCAUGUUUAGACCAAACUGAGGCCCAAAGGGCCCAAAAAAAUUUUUUUGAGACCACCCCUCUCCCUUAUCUAAAGGUCUGGAUCCCCUACUGCCCUUGCCCAUUGGAGAAGUGAGUUUAAAAUGUUACUUACCCAGCAAAAAAAUAUACUGUCUCGUCCCGAACACCCAGAUGAGACUUUUGUCAAGCCUUUCUAAAGUUCGAAGUGGCUGAUCUGUCCCACGUGACGUUUUAAAUAUUGGGCCAUCACGAAAAAUACAAACUGUAUGAUUGCUUUAGAAUAGAAUUCAUUGCAUCAGUGCCCAUGUGUCCUGAUCUUAGUAAUGACCACAUAAACACAGGUUUUCAUAGUUUUCUGAGAUAGGCAGUAAAUGAAGUUUAUUUAUUUGAUUAUUUAUUUACAUGCAACCCCAAACUUUGUUGCAGAUCGUGGCAUUCUCAUGACAUUUGGAAGUGGUACACAUGGCUCAUUGGGGCAUGGUAACUAUAAUGAUGUUUUACAAGCAAAGAUUGUGGAGGCUUUGAUUGGAUUUGAAGUGGAACAGGUACCAUCUGUGACGUCUAAUUUCAGUUACAGUAAACGACCAACAAUUUAGUGGCAGAUCUGUAUAACAGAAGGGGGCAGGGGGCUCCAUGUUAUCUAUAAACCUAGCUUAGGCUCACAGGGCCAAGAAAAAUUGUCUUCAAGAAUGCCCAGCAUGCAAAGGAAGCAGUGUCUAAUAGCUCGUGGCUAUAGAUUUUGCUACUGGGCUAGUGAGUUCUGUUCUUAACUUGCUUGACGGACAAGAGAAGUUUUGGGGGAAUCCAAAUUACAGAGGAAUUAGUAAUCAUAGCUUGUUAUUAUUUAUUUAUUUAUUUGUAGGCUGGUUGAAAUGACUUUUCAGCUAGGACAUACUACAACCUGUAGCUACAUGUACAUGUUCAGCUUGCCCAAAUGGCAAGCUGCAAAACUGACUUAUCUUAGGGACAGGAUGAGCAGGCCCCUCACUAAAUUUAAAGAUCCAAAUCUGCCAAAAGUUCAUUAUUUCUAGGGUGAUUGGAGUGUGCUAUGCAAAGUUAAGCACUGAUUAAGGGUAACAAAAAUGAGUUUACGUUUUGUUCUUGGAAAUCGUGUUCCUGCAACAUAGCCUGCGAUUACUUUUUUGUGUGUCUGUAAGGAGACUCUCCCCUUUUAUUUUGUGAGAAAAAAUAGUGUGUAGAUUCGUUAUUGUGGUCUGUCGUUAAAAUCUGUAGGUAUCCUGUGGCUCUGCCCACGUGAUGGUUGUGACAACUGACCGCGAGCUAUUUGCCUGGGGACGAGGAGACAACGGCCGUUUGGGGCUUGGAAAUCAGCAGUCAUACCCUCUACCUCAACCCGUGGGCCUGGAACCUGGCUUCACGGCCAAAGCUGUCAAAUGUGGUGUGGAUUGCUCCUUUGUACUGGCCCUCAACUACAGGUUGUUAGCUUGCGGUAGCAACAGAUGCAACAAGCUGGCCCUGGAUAGCAGUCAAAACACUGUCGAGGAAUCUCAGACAUUCACACCUAUCACUGCGUGGCUGCUGACGGCCGAUCAUGUCAAAGCCGUUACCAUGGGAACAUCCCACGCCGCUGUGCUGACUGCCAGUGGUAAAUGCGUGACAUUUGGUUCCAACUCCUUUGGGCAGCUAGGCUAUGACCGCGCGGUGUCCUCGCGUGAACCCCAGAUUGUACACGCCUUAGAGAACAAGCAAUUGACUCUAGUGUCUUGCGGUGACACAUUUACAGUCGCAGUAAGCGAUGAGGGUGAGGUGUUCUCGUGGGGUAAAGGAUCGCGCGGACGGCUGGGGUACCAAACGGACGAGGACUGUUCUACACCCAAAUGCUUGUCUCUGCCAUUAAAACUCAAGGUUUUGUCUCUUUGUUCAAGCCACUGCUCCACAAUGCUCUGCGGAAAAGUGCUGUAAUCACGUGCUGACAUUUCUGACUGCCAACUGUCCUCUUUCAGCUAAUUUUAAGGGGAUAAACUAUCGAUUUGCUUUAUCUAAAAACCGUGUGUAUUAAGGCAACGUGAGCUUGUGGGGUAGUUUGAAUUUAGCUAACUCAUGUCAAUAAGAAUCCAUAAAACUAAUGAUAUUUACAAACAACAUAUUAAAACUAAAAGUAGAUGCGG